AUGGGAAGGAGCCGCAAGGCCAGUCGUGGAGUUUGCGGCCGCCGAGUGAAGCCUUCGUCACAUGGCUUGGAGCCGCUGGAAUGCCUGGGCCAUGUCAUCAUCCAGCCCGUCGACAUGGUCAAGGUGAGGAUCCAAUUAGGUCAGGGAUCAGCUGUCCAUGUUGCCAAGACCAUGCUUUCCCAUGAGGGUUUUGGCUCUUUUUACAAGGGUUUAUCAGCUGGUUUACUAAGACAGGCUACUUACACGACAUCACGACUUGGAACCUUUAAGAUAUUGACAAAAAAAGCCGUUGAGGCUAAUGAUGGGAAGCCCCUCCCACUUCUUCAGAAAGCAAUUAUUGGGCUGACAGCUGGAGCAAUUGGAGCAUGUUUCGGCAGUCCAUCUGAUUUGGCGCUCAUCAGAAUGCAAGCUGAUAAUACUUUACCACCAGCUCAGAGGAGAAAUUACAAGAAUGCCUUCCAUGCACUCUCUAAAAUCGUCACCGAUGAGGGAGUACUAUCACUCUGGAAAGGUGCCGGUCCAACAGUAGUGAGGGCAAUGUCACUAAAUAUGGGCAUGCUUGCUUCAUAUGAACAGUGCAUAGAGGUUUUCAGGGACCAGCUUGGUUGCGGUGAAGUUACCACAGUAAUUGGGUCAAGUACCAUUUCAGGUUUCUGCGCAGCAGCGUGCAGUUUACCAUUUGACUAUAUUAAAACACAAAUACAGAAAAUGCAGCCAGAUACAACAGGGAAAUAUCCAUACACCGGGUCUCUGGACUGCGCCCUCAAGACUCUCAAAACUUCAGGACCUUUAAUUUUCUAUACAGGAUUUCCUGUUUAUUGCGUGAGGAUAGCCCCCCAUGUCAUGAUGGUUUGGAUAUUUUUAAAUCAAAUCGAGAAGUUUCAGAAAGCCAUUGGAUUCUAGGUACUUCAGCUACAGAUUUGUUUGAAGCAAGAUUAUGAAUUUUAAAAUAAGAUAUCAAAUUUUUGCCCCAGUUGAGGCUUGGGAGAGCCUUGUACUUUAAGUUAUGAGGAUAUCUAGGAUCCGAUUCUUGUUUCUUUUAAAUUAUAUAUGGAUUCAUUUGAUUCCAGAGGGAAUGUUUUCCCAAUAUUUACUUGUUCAUUGAGAAUUUACAUUUUAUUAUCUUUGAUGCUUGGUGGUUUGUGCUGAACA